AUGGUGUUUUCACCACAGAGUGCUGCUCCAGCUUCUCCUGAGGUUAAAAAAGAUAAAAUUGAAAAUACAAUAAUACAAACCUCUGCAACUUCAAAACCUGCGGAACCUAUUAAACCCUCUAAAACCGUAAAAGUAACCGAAAAAUCAAGCGAUGGAAAAGAAAAAGAGAAAAAGAAACAAAUUGUCAGUGAAGUGCAUGUAGUAACCGAAGCCGUUAAACCGACUAAAGUUGUUGAAUCGAAACCAGAAACGCUUAUAUUAUCCAGCAAAGUUGAAAUUAAAGAAGGAACUCCCGUUAAAGUGAAAAAAAGUUCAAAGCAAGCUUUUGUAAAAGUCGAAGUUAGAGAUGAAAACAACAAAAUUAUCUCCAGCCAAGUGGAAGUUAAAUCUGGAUCGACUAAAAUCGCACCCAGCAAAACAGAGUCGAAAGAAAAAAUAAAACCAACUGUAAGCGUGAUAUCAAGUGUUGUUCAAAUAAAAAGUAACGACGACAAAAAAGAAGAAGUCGUGGAAGCAGUUGAAGUAGAUAAUAAUAAUAUUGAUAAACCUGAAUAUGAUUUUCUGCAUAGGCAACCGUCCGAAGUCGUUGACGAAACGUAUAAGGUGAUUGACUUAAAGCCAAAUAAUAAACACGGUUCAAAAUCUAAGUCAAGAAAUCACGAUCAUUCACAUAAAGAAUCUAAAAAAGAUAGACACUCAACUGGAUUGGUUACGAAAUUUGGUGGUACAAUUGUUAAAGAAGGAGUUACUACGGUGCACGAAACUCAAGUACUCGGUACUUAUAUUUCUGGAAAAUAUGCUCAGGUACUUCAAAGUACUUCUAGAAUUGUUGGCAAACCUAAAAUAGCACCGACUCAGACAACAAAAAUUUUAAAAACAGCUGCCCCGAAUUUAUCGAAAAAUAAAGUACACUUGGAACCAACUCCAGCAGGAUCUUUACACGAAGAAACUGCUUUGCCUUUGGAAGCAUUAUUCCACGGAGACAAAAGUAAUAAUUUAAUUCGUCCAUCUCGAAGACCAGGUCCAGCUGUCGGAGCUCCUGUUAACAAAUCCGAUUUUAAAAAUAAAUUUCGAUCCCGAUCUUCAGCCAAAGAACAAGAUUUAAAUGAAGAUUACGAUAGAGAAGAACAAGAAAGUCAAAAUUUUCAUAAUCAUAAAAAGUCACGCAGCAGAUCGUCAUCAUCAUCAUCAUCAUCGCCAUCAUCAACUGUCAAAUCAACUGCCAGGUUUAACGGAAAUAACCGUUUUGCAAAAAGUAACCCAGAUUUACAGGUGACAACUGUUUCUGUCUAUAGUGAAGAAGCUACCGUAUCUCCAAAUGGUAGAAAAUAUCAAAAUACUAAUAGGAGAUCAGGUUCGGCUUAUCGUAAGAAUAAAGAAUAUGGUGCACACGAAAAAGAGAAAGAAAAAGAGAGAGAAAAAGAAAAAGAAAAAGAAAGAGAAAAAGAUGAUAACUUUUCCAGAAGAAGUUUUAAACCCAAAGUUCAGAGUUCACCCGUGGACAAUAAUUCAGGAACUAGUUUGUAUAAAUUUAAACUUCAAAGGCCAUCAGGUAGGUGGUCGUACAAAACUACUCCCAAGCCUAGAGUAACGAUUCGGAAGCAGGAUACGGAUCAAAAUGAAAUUUCAAAUCCUUUGACCACUCCCCAACCUCAAUAUUUAAUACAAGAAAAUGAGGAAAUUGUUGCGAAUAGAAGGGAAGACCAUGAGGAUUAUAAUGACGCAUAUAAAACCGUUAAACCGGAAGUUUCCGUAACCGCAUCCACAUUAAAAGUUCAAAUAUCUACGCCGGCUGAUUUUAGCGAUGUCUAUUAUGAAAUCGCCACAAUAAAAUCCCCUUAUACCUUUCAGGUUGGAACUGUUAAAAACACUCGUUUCAUAACUGUGACGUCUACUUUGGAAAAAACUUUACAGCCAGUUGAAUCAACACUUCCGGUUUUGCCAAAUAAAAUAACCGAACCAUUGACUGAAAAUAUUUUAGCCACAACUCCGGCUUUUGAUAAAGAUAAUAAUCUCGAUUCGAGCAUCGCAACACUCCCAGCCAUUGCUCUUGGUUCGGAUGCUGAAACGCCUCCAUUGGAAACCAUAACUGAAGCUUUCAGUACCACUCAAAUGUUAUUAAAAACUCAUAUACUACCUGUUAUCAGGGGAGGAAAUGAAACGACUACCUACACUUUGGUGCAAUCAUAUCACGUAACUCGGCUAGUCACUGCAACUAAAACGUUACCUCCAAUGGAAGUUUAUCAGUUCGUACCUAGUAAGACAUUAAACGAAUUUAACACCAGGUUAGAAGAAGCUGGUUCGGAGCUUCACUUAGAACUUGAUUUUGGUGACAACGAUAAUGAAGACGAUGAUGAACAUCCUUCAGCUAUUCGAGCUUUCCCUCCAGAUCUUGACCUAGCAAAUAUCGGUAACGAUUUCGAUAUAUCAUCGGUGGACAACAGCAAAAUUUCCGAAGCUUUACGUCAAGCAAAACUUAUAAAAGCAAAUCAAAAAAUGACAACGACAGAAAAACCACAAACGACGACGCCGGGUCUUUCUCCGGAACAACUUCAACAGUUGGCAUUAUUGCGUUUCUUAAAUCCGGCAGCAAACAUUCCUCAAUUUAUAACCUCAUCCAAACCCGUCGUAAAAUUAGAAACGGUUUACGAAUCUCACUUGAUACCAUUAUUUAACGGUGUGAGUACCAGUUACAGCACGAUAUCUCGUCCUAUUGCAACCGUCAGCAAAACGGAAUACGAAGUAGUGACGAGUACUAUAGGAAAUCCAUUACCUCAAGUACCAGUUAAUCCAUUAAAUCCCUUCCAAUCGGUUAAUCCUCUAUUUCCACCCCCUCCACAAUUUUCAGUUACAUCAACCCCUAUUUAUACGAGCACGAUGGUAACUGCUACCGAAAGCAAAGUCCUCAAGUUAACUUUUGGUGCAAAAACGGCAUAUACGACUCUUUAUUCAACGAGGGUUGUUCCAACAGUAUUAACAACAUAUUUAACGACAAACGUUCCUGUGGUACCAACAGCUUUUCCUGCCUUUUUCCCAUCACCAUUUGGUGGAUUUCCCGGUUACGUAGGAUAA